AUGGCCACAACAGCAGCAACACCCUCACCAACCCCCCCAACCUCAACAUCAACCUCAACCCCAACAACAACAACAGGAUUCGCCUUCCCCCGCGAAUACUCCUUCCCGCCCUUCUUCACCCGCCAGCCCAACAUCGCCAUCCACCACGCCCAGCUGACGAAAUGGUCCGCCCUGGUCCUCUCCUACGCGCGGCACCACCGCCUCUUCCGCCUCGUCGUCUCCUCCGCCGCGGAGUCGGAGUUAUUUCAUAAUCGCGCUAUUAACAGGAGACUUGGUCCCGCGGACAUUCGGGAGGUGCUGGAUUUUAUGCGCAAGGAUGGCAGGGCGGAGUUUAUUCGCGCUUCUUCUGCGGCGGCGGCGGGGAAUGUCGUGCUGUUGUACUGGAGGAAGCCCGAGGAGUGGGCGGCGCUUGUCGAGGCGUAUGUGGAUGAGACGGCGCAAAAGGGGAGCGUCUUGACCGUUUACGAACUCACAGAGGGAGAAAACACCAGAGGGACUGAAUUCCACGGCAUGGACAACCUGGUCCUCAUGAAAGCCCUCAACAUCCUCGUCAAGCAAGGCAAAGCGCAAAUCUUUGGCUCUGAAGACUCCCUUGGUGUCAAGUUCUUCUAG